AUGACUCGUUCUAAUGAUGAUUUCCUUACCGACGUCCCUGGGACCGUUUACUUGGUUGAUGCAUCCCAUACACUGCGAGAUGCAGCUCACGCUGGGAAGCAAGAUAUCAUCCUCCUACCCCAGCCAUCCCAUUCCUUAGCUGACCCACUGAACUGGUCACGAGCAAAGAAGUUCUGGUCACUGUGUCUUAUAUCAGCGUAUGCAUGUAUCUUUUCAUUCGGCGAGAAUAACACAGGCGCAAGUUGGACUUUGAUCUCCGAAGACACCGGAGUUAGUAUCAACAAUAUGAACGGUGGAUCUGCACUGAACUAUCUGCUUUUGGGAUUUUUCAACAUAAUAUGGAUCCCCUCGGCAAUGAAAUUUGGUCGCAAGAUUGUCUUUAUUUUGAGUUUGUUGGUCCUUUGUGCGGGUAGCAUAUGGGGAGGACUAUACCAUGGUGUUGCUCAAUAUUUUAUUUCAUCGGCUCUUCAGGGAAUGGGAACUGCUGCCUACCAAGCAUUGAUUCAACUUACGAUUUUCGAUGUCUUCUUCGCCCACGAACGAGGUCGUAUGGUCGCGUUCUAUAUCUUCUUCCAGCAACUUGGAUCUAUUCUAGGAUUGAUAUUAGGUGGAUACAUUUCGGAUGGAAUUGGUUGGCGUUGGUGUGCCCCAAUAGUAGCCAUUGCUUGUGGCAUCUUAAUACUUCUUUUCAUCUUCACAUUCGACGACACGAUGUUCCCACGGUACCGAUUUAACGGAAUACCUAUCAUUGAAUCUGCAGAUACCGUAAAGCCCACGAAAAGCGACGUUGAAGCCAAGACAGACAACUCGCUCGAGAAUGAGGUGUCCGAAACUGGAAGUACUACUAUGGGCGAGGAAAUCCCUCCUCGAACAUAUAGACAAAAGAUAGCCUUGGUUCAUUACUACGAAGACGACCAUACAACAUGGCUCCAAUACUUCCGCCGACCAUUUUACCUCUUUGCCUUUCCUAACAUUGUCCUUGCUGGCAUUCAAUUCGCAUUUGGAUGCACAGCAGGUAUAGUGACAUUCAACACCAUCUCCGAAAUCAUGACAGAAGCUCCUUACAAUUGGAGUGCCGGAUCCGCUGGCUUAAUCUUCCUCGCUGCCCUUGUUGGAAACAUAAUUGGUAUGGGAAUCGGCUCAUUAUCCGACUGGGUAGUCCUUGUUCUUGCAAGACGAAAUAAAGGGUACAAGGAGCCCGAAAUGCGACUUUGGACAUAUAUCUUCCCAUUCAUCUUUGGUGGAAUUGGAUAUUUCACUUAUGGCUGGGCUGCUACGAAUGGCGAUCACUGGAUGGCGAUUGCAGUGGCGUUGUGCUGUAUGAUUGCUCAACAGGUGUCACUUACUAGUAUGGCGACUGCGUAUGCAAUGGAAUGUUUCGAUGGGAUCUCUGGCGAAUUAGUCGUUGUACUAGCCAUUUGUUCCUCAUUGAUCAAUUUUGCCAUCUCUUAUUCCGUACAACCAUUUAUCGAUGCAACGAACUACGGUUGGACAUUUACAUUCUUUGGUAUUCUUGUUAGUAUUGCUGUGCUCAUGGGUAUUCCGAUGAUUAUUUGGGGUAAGACCUGGCGUCGAAAUUGCAAGGCGCGAUACGAGAAGUUCUUGGCAGAGGCUGGUGCAAAUGCUCACUGA